GGUGGUUGAUGGUUUGGCCACCCAUCAUCCAUCGGUGGGCAGACGGACGGAUGGGUGGAUGGGCGUGUGACGAACAACACUCUGGUUGUGGUGUGCGUGGGUGAGUUACGUUAAUGUUGUUUGGUCGGUCUUGACGCACAUCACACACAUCGACGGGUACGCGUGGAUGGCAUCCCAUGGCAUGAAUGGUUCGGUUAAACGCCUUGGAUCCUGCGCGGGCAGACAGGCAUGCAUCAGGCAGUCACACCAACACCACACACCAACCACACCGUACACCGUCACAGGUAGACACGCUCGUGCGUGGAUGCAGGUGUGUCCAGUCCUCAGAGCUGGCUCAGCUAACCCACCCCCACGGCCUCCCUCGCUCACGCGUCCUUGCCCCCGGAGGCGGCCCCCUCACCGGACAAACUCUGAAGCCAAUCACCCCAACCACCGCAUAUGCCCACGCACUUACCGUGAGACAAAGCAUGUGGUUCGUUGAGGCUGUAUUCAUGUGAUUUAGUGACCUGCGGGUUGGAUGUGCGUCCGGCGGUUUGCUGUGUGGCAGCGGCGCCUGUGGGUGUGGGGGGCAUCUUGCCUGAAGAACUACCGCUACCGCCCUGCUGACCUGCACACAACGGACGGAGGACAUUACAGCAAAGCAAAGCCAGACCACACCCACGCACAGAGAGACAGACUGACAGACUGACUGACAAUGCACAUGUAUCUGAUUAUCAUGUCCCUCUCUCGUGCGUCAUCACUGGGUCAGACAGACCUCUGUCGAGCAGCGUCUUGAAAAAGUUGGCCAGCUGCGCGUUGUCCUGCUGCUGCUGCACAACGCAACACAGCACAGCGUAUAGAUGACAGCGUGAGAGCGUCCGUCCAUCCAUCCAGCGAGCCAUACCCCAGGUGCAGGUGCCCCGUUGCCGCCCGACAUCGGCGUCACGCGACGGUCACCGCCACCUCCCGCCCCACCCACAGCGUCCGCCCUCGUCGUCGUGCGAUCCUAAUAAACACACACACAGAGAGACAGGGACAGACAGGCAUUGCUUGUUGCAUUGCGCGUCUGUCUCAGCGGAGCCAGCGAGUGAUCGCUGGCUGGGCUUCCUGCAGCACGUGUGUACCCUGGUUUUGCUUUCGUGUUUGAUGUUGAGUGACUUGCCGCCGGGGCCCGAUGCGUGCAAGGCGUGCUGCAAUGAAUGCAGUGAGUGCAUCCCACCCACACAAACACGCCACGCCGUCCUCUGACUCACGCACCACCGACAGAAAUCAACUGCAUACCUGCGCUUUUGCCAGGAAUGCGGCCAUGGAUUCGAUCUCGACAUAGGGCUCCGAGUCACGGGCCUGCAGGCGCAACAUAGACGCACACGGAGUCACUCACUCACGGGCUGACAGGCGCCCAAUUUUGCGGCGGGCUGUGCGUUGGUUGUUGGCGACUUUGAGCUUGGAUGUGGGUUUCUGGAUGAUGGUCUCAAAGGGCCUCUGGUGGAUGGGUCGACACCAACCACAAACAGGGAGAGACAUGUAGUGAUGCAUAUAUACGUGUCAUGUGUCAUGAUGUGUGUACUCAGAUGUCUGUACGCACCUCCAGCCCCUGCGCUACGGUCUUGGCGGCAAACUCCCUGCACACACGCACACACACACAGACAGACAGACAGACACACAGACACAGACAGAGGGAAACGGACAGUGAUCUGCGUGUGUUGGGGCGGCGCCGUGUGUUGGUGGUUUGCCAGCUGACGUACGUGAUGUGUUUCUUGCUGUCGAAUCCUGUGGGUAUCAUCAACGCAUCCUUGGACACCGUGUCAGCGUGGUGCCUACACCCACAGACGGACAGACAGAAAGACAGACAGACAGACAGAUGCAUAUAUAUAUAGAGAGAGGGUUUCAUUGAUGCGUGGCUGGUUGGCUGGCAGGUUUACUUGAAUGGGAAGUCGUAUAGUCUGUGCGUGAGGUAGCGGUACAACUCGUCUACGUUCUUGGCACUGACCAAACAAUGCUCCAUCCAUCCACCCACCCAUUGUCUCUCUCUCUCUCUCUCUCUCUCUUUGUGCGACCCGUACUUGCGUGGGUCUUUGGUGGAGGUGUAGAACAGCGCCGCACCAUCUGCCAAACCAAGAAAGGCAACACAACACAACACAACACAACACAGCACACCAAGCACAGAGACGUCAGGCUCUUCGCACACGUGGGUGGUGCGGUUGUGUGUGUGUUGUGUUUGAGAGACGCUUGGCUUACAGGGCAGCGCCGCGUCGCGCACAUGGGCCUGGAUGAUGUCCAAAUGACCCUGCACACAUCACAUCGAUGCAUCACACGACACAUCGGCAAAAUCCACAAUCGGACGUACGUGUCACACGUGCACGUCUGUGUGUGUGUGUGUGUGUGUGGCUGUGCGAACCUGUGUGGCGCGGUCCUCGAGGGCCGUGUAGUUCUCAGACUAUAGGUAUUAUGUGUGUGACAAUACACAGCCAUCCAUCCAUCCAUCCAUUUGUGUGCCUUCGGGAACUGGCUUGUUCUUGGUCGAGGGCGGGUACCUGGCAGACGACGACUAUGACGGGUAUCCCGAUGUUGAACGUCAGCAUGCCCUCACCCAACAACGACUCGCCCUGCACAUUAACACACACACACACACGCGUAUCUGAACCGGACGACCAACCGGGCAAAUUCAGCAGCAGGUGUGCUCACUUCCUUGAGCGAAACCUCGUCCACGUUGAUCGUCCGCCUGCAGACGGGGAGGGGAGAUGGGAAAUAGCGGGCGGAUGUCUGUCGUGGGUGGUGGGCGGUUUACUUUCGCGUGAAUCCCAUUUGAUCGUGCUGCUCGUCCUUGUGGCCCUUGAGGUGCUCCUGGUACGACUGAAUGUACGCUGCCACUGCAAUUAACCCACAUACGAAAGUAAAUAUGUAUAUUAGCCCCACCCACCCAGACCGGUGUGUGUACGUGCGUGUGUUUGUACGUUUCUGUCUGAGUUCGUCUUGUUCCUUGAGCGGGAGCUGGUUGAGUAUGUGGGCGACGUCCCCCUGCACCACCUCACUCCACGCCCGCAUGUCCUCCACCAUCGUCCACGGCUGCACACACAGACAGACAGACAGACAGACAAAGUGGUCGCCACAUCUGUGCUGUGCUCCCAGCCGUACCUCCUUCAUGUCUAGGCAUAUGAGGACGGCCAUGGCCUUGAGGUCCUCGGGCGUCACGCGGCUCUGAAUCAUCGACCUACACACACAAACAAACAGUUCAACCGUGCAGCCAAGGCAGACGUACCACUCCUCUCUCUGUCCGUAUGCAUGCGUCAGUCGGUCCCACCCCACCCACCUGAAGUGGCUGUCCUCCAGGAUCCACACGUUGGCGCGGGCCAACACAUCUGAUGCACAGGUGCACACACAUACAAACACAAAACGCACAUUCGUCCACAAACACACACGUGUCCAUCCAUCCAUCCAUCCAUCCAUCCAUCCGUUCGUUCGUUCGUUCGUUCGUUUUGUGCACCGCUGACCGACCGGUGAACUCGGGGUCCUCGAGGUUGCGCACAUUGAGGUAGGCGAAAUCCAACGCACACACGCCGGGGUCAACCUGCAGCCAUAGACCCAAACACACGAACGGAUGGAGAAUGGUGCAUACGUCAACACACUGUGCCGCCGAUGGAUCUUCUCUUCACCCACCCACCCACCACCCACCAGGUUAUCUCCCGAGGAAGGGUCGUCGGGGUUGCCGAUCUUCUGCAGGGCCCGCAGCAGACUACGCUUGCCCACUCCAUGGCGACCUGCACGGAUGGAUGGAUGGAUCCAUUUGUUUGUCGUGGUGGCCACCCAACACACAUCCAAUCCAUCCAAGAACAGAAUCCAUCCAUCCAUCCACCCAUAUAUAUCUUUCCUUCCGUUUUUCCCGCCGGUGCGUACGGUACAUGUACCUACCGAGCAUGAGUAUGGUGGAGUUCUUCUCCUGCGAGGACCUGGAGCCGUCCGCGAGGAUGCUCUGCCACAGGGACUGUUUCUUGCCCAACGAAUCCCGCCGAUGCGUCGCCAUCGCUCACACAAACCACCGAUGGAUGGCAGAUACACA